GUGUGACGUCAUACCUGUAACUCGUGCCUCUUGCUACUUCUGUUAUUUGAAAUAAAAAUUUAAAAAAUUCAUAAAGCUAGAAAAUAUGGCGUAGUUUAAUAAGUAAUGGACCAAUAAUUUUAUUCGAGCGGCAAUAGUAACCCAAUGGUGUAAUCUCGAUUUAUGUCCAACUUGCAAAUUCGACGUAUCAAAAGGUUGAAAAUGAAAUAGACGCAUCUAUUUUUUAAAAUAUUUUGUGCAGUUUUGGAUACAAUCGGAUUUUGAAGUGAGAGUGCUGGCACAUUUCGUCAUUGGAGGAAGCCGAAAAGAAAGGAAGGAAGAAGUGAGAGUGAGCGGGGACUUGGACUGUUUAUACCGUUUCAGUACGUCUAAGGAUAAGAUGUCUGUACGUCGCAGGACCAAUCCUUACAUGACCCAGCGCAUAUGGGAUGCCAUAAAGAUCACCAUACACCAAAGAAGUUUACCCAGUAAUGAUAGGGUUGUACGGCAUUUGGCACGUGUAUAUGGUAUAACAGAACAUGCUGCGCAGCAAGAGCUGAAUAAGGCUGUCGAAGAUGGUUUAGUCUUUUUAAAGAAAGCACCUUCCAAGAAUGGUCUUGAACAGGAGAGUUAUAGACUCCCCAUUGAUCCUGUCCAAGAUGAUGGACAUGAUUGGUAUUGUUGCAAGUGCCAGGAGGCAGGAUUAGUCGAAUGCUGCCAGCAAUGUCACAGAGUCUUCCAUUCUAACUGCCACGUUCCAGCUAACCCGGAGUUGAAGUACUGCAAUUUUUGUGAGCAUAUAAAUAACGACAGCUAUAAUGACAAGGUGGACUUGAAUCAUAUACUUCGUUUUACCUGUGGACAUCUCAAGGCUAAACUUCCUACUGAGAUCACCAACAGGACAAUUGUAUUUGAUAAUACUCCAGUGGUCACUCCUCAAGGAGGAUGCUCGGGAUCUACCUGGGUGAGCGAAGGAGAGGAUGCUUGGCGUCCUGGUGUAUUAAUUAAAAAUCACAUGGAUCUCGCCAUUAUGGAUUCGAAAACUAGUCGUAAAGAGUACAAGAACCUUGCAGAAUUCCAAGCAGAUGCUCACAAUAUUUUGCAUAAUAUUAUUGUGUAUCAUGGUGAGCACAGCGUGAUAUCAGAGAUGGGCGUUACAAUGUAUCAAGACUGUUGUUAUGAUCUUCAAGAAAUACGACGAUGUGCCGACUGCUAUCGAAUAUCUAAUGAAAAGGCGGAGAAGAUGUGGUUCUGUAUACCUUGUGAUCCUCCACAUCAGCUAGUCUAUGCCAAGCAAAAGGGAUACCCAUAUUGGCCAGCUAAGGUCAUGCAAGUUAACAAUGACUUAUAUGACGUCAGAUUUUUCGGUGGUCAUCAUAUGAGGGCAAAUAUUGAGAAGCUAUUCAUACGCCCUAUCAAUGUCAGUCUGCAAAGUUUACAGCCUUCAGAAAAAGGAAAAUGGAAAGAAAUGAAGAUCAAGAGGUCAUCCGCCUGGAAUCGAGCGUUUGACGAGUUGAAGCACCACCAGAAUUUGUUAAUGAAACUUGGAAAGGGAAACUUUGACUUAUGCACAUUCGAUGACAACGACGGUCCGAAACCUGCAAAAAUACGAAACAUAGAAUCACCAGGUUCGAAAAGCUCACCGAGCAGUCCUAGUGUGGCGAAGCAAGUUUUCAAAGAUUUAAGAGUAAAAGUAGAACGUCUAAGUACAGACGGAAAUUCUGAGAUGCAGUCAGGAGCGGAAGGCACAAAUCACAAAGAGGAAGGCUCGACAAGCAGGACAGGAAGCGAGGAGAGACAAGUGCCGUAUUUACCAGUCGCCGAAGAUGAACCUGCGAGAGAGAUCUCGAGUACGUGUCCUCAGGGUUUAAAGAAGGAAGGUUCCCAAGAGGAUAUGGUAACGUCCAGUAGCCAGGAACCGAGGUCGAAGUGCGUCCUGGUUCAGACAGAACAAAUUCAAUCAGAAGUUCUACCUGCCAAGGGGAAGUCUUACGAUAAUUUCCAGGUGAAGAGGGAACGUAGAACAUCGGAUCAGCCGACGAACACCGCGCUUGAGAAACUUCGUCGUGAAUUGGAGCUCGACAAGUGUAAGGAGCUUGAAAGACUGCAAGCCGAACACGCCAAAGAGAUGCGGCAGCUCACCGAUAAGCAUCAACAGGUCAUAUCAGAAAUCAAGAAAAAGCAGUGGUGUUAUAAUUGUGAGGCAGAGGCAAUAUAUCACUGCUGCUGGAACACUGCUUACUGCAGCACCGACUGUCAACAGGUACAUUGGCAACGAGAACAUAAGAGAGUCUGUCGACGUAAGCGCUAACCAUGUGUUACGUACGACAAGCGGAAGAGUAAAAUCCAUUGGAUUACUGGACCACGAGAAAUGGCGACUCGUUAAUCCUACGGUAGAAGCACCUUAUACAUUAAUAAUACCGACACGUAACUCGAGUACCUUUGUACGAUUUCUCCAAGCACACUGACUGUCAAAAGCGCGUACCUCAUCCUCUCCGAAAGAGAAUUAUGUAUCGCAUUUGUUCUCACUCCCAGCUCUAGGUGAGUAGAAUUUAAUCGUUUUAAUCAUAAGUACUAUUAAAGUGGAUUAUAUCUUUCUUUUACCCAACAUUCUUAGCCGAAAUAUACGGAAAACAAAUGGAUAUACUAUAAUAUGGUAUAAUGUCUUCAUUAUUAAUAUCAUAGUUUACUCACGUUUAUUCUUUUCGUAUAGGAUCUGACUUUUUUGUUCUAUUUUUUUCGAAAACAGUACACCCUACACAUCCUAUAUUAUUUCGACUUGUUUUUACGUUUUACUUGAACGCCGUAUUGAAAUCAAUUACUAUUAAGACAACACUAUGAUUGAAAAAUUUAGAUUUUCUGAGAUAUUGUCUAGAAAGCACUUACUCUCUUUACCCUAUAGAAACAUUUAUCAAGAGGUCAAAAUUAUUGCUUAAUACUAUUUUUAUUGUACUGUUAUGGAUCUCCGAUUUGUUGUUCAUUGUGAAAGAACUUAAUCACAAUGUCGUCUGCUAUUCAUUUAUCCUUUUGAAUCAAUCUGUUUCAUGGGACUGUCUUACUUUAUAUUAAUUUUAGAAAUACACUUGCUUAAUCUUUGAUCCCUUUGAACACUCCUGAUAUCUUUUUAGUACUGUAAGUCAUAGAUAUACUUGUAAAUAUGUUUUUGCAAGUGUUCUUAUAUUCAAUUUAAUUAGUGCAUCUGUCAAGUAAUAUUGUAGUAGAUUUUGACUGCUACUAUUCAUUGAUAGAGUUGGUUUUUCUUCUUUUCUUUUUUUAUGUUCGAGAAUUCGUUAUUUGCCAUUCCGAAUUCAAGGAAUCAUAGGGUAAUUCGCACCUACAUAGAAUACCGUAGAGAACUAAUCGAAACAGUGCUGGCAGAAUAUACUACUUACAUUAAAUGCAAUACUACUAUUUGAUAACUUUUACCCGGAUUAUUAAUCGCUUAGUAUAAUUCAUCUUCUGUACAAUCAGCAGUUGUAUAGCUCCACGUCAAUUGUAAUGUUUUCCUUAUAUCAAUAGAGGGAAAUUGUAGUAGGUGUGAGAGGAUUUGAUACUUGCACUCGUUUUUUCAUAAAUAAGAUCACGUUCCAAUGAAAAGGGGCACCUUGUAAAGUAAAACAUAAUUUAUUGACCAUCUGUUUCGUAUAUCUACGAGCUGGAAUACCAACUGGUCAUAAUUGAAUGUUUCUGAAUAUAUUUUCUGUUUCUGUUAACGUAUGGACAGUAUACAGAGCAAUGAGCGAUACUUUGCCAUUGUAAAUUGUGAAAAAUGCCAUUUUCAUGAAUCGAAUGCAGUCAGAAUCUAAUACAGAUGAAGAAUACCACCAUCUAUCUGUAUUACUUCUGAUGAAUCUAACUUGUCACAAAGUAUCAUUGAUUGCACUGCCAGUGGUAUUUAUGUUUUUGUUGUUAAAUUUGGUAAAUUAACUUGAAAUAUAAUAAAAAGUUAACGAAAUGAGAGGUCAGCCUUAUAACGUGUAAGAUGUGUGAGUAUUAUUAGACUGUACGGUGUAAAAAGCGUUGCGAACACAUUGAAAAUAUCGUGACUGUGACGUGUACUAUAAUCCUGUAAAAUAUUAUUAUAUUAUCAUUAAAAUAUCCAUAUGGCCGAUUCGAAUAAAUUAGAUUUCAAGAGGUAUAUUUGUAUUUCGACAAACAAUGCUAUGUUUCUUCAGGGAUGGAAAUUGGUAGUUCGCAUUUGCAUACCACAUCAGGAUUUUACUCUGACUUGAUUGACUCCUAUAAUCUUAGUAUCAGUGUUACACAGAGCUGUAUUAAAAAACAAAUCUGUUGCACAUCUGUAUUGUUUAUAUUUAAUAAAAACACCGGGUGAAAAAGUAAA